GGUGAAGUUUAAAGAACUUGGGUUCCGAAAAGUUCUAGAAGCUCUGGAGAUUUCUAUUGUCACCACCAUAAAUACAUCACUCGACUCAUCCCGUUUGCUCAGAAAUCGAAAUCGAAUUCGUCAGAAGUCAAUAUUGUAAUCUCAGCGUUCAAAACAUCAUCUUCUUCCCAAAUCAAUCGAGAAGAAUGUCGCUAAUUCCAAGCUUCUUCGGCAACAACAACAGACGAAGCAACAGCAUCUUCGAUCCGUUCUCACUCGACGUUUGGGAUCCUUUUAAGGACCUGCAAUUGCAAUUCCCCUCGUCUUCGCUCUCCGGAGAAACAUCUGCGGCAAUUGCGAACGCACGUGUGGACUGGAGAGAGACGCCGGAGGCGCACGUGUUCAAGGCGGACCUUCCUGGGAUGAAGAAAGAAGAGGUUAAAGUGGAGAUAGAGGACGACAGUGUGCUCAAGAUCAGCGGAGAGAGACACGUUGAGAAAGAGGAGAAGCAGGACACGUGGCAUCGCGUGGAGAGGUCUAGCGGACAAUUCUCGAGGAAGUUUAGGCUGCCGGAGAAUGUGAAGAUGGAUCAAGUCAAGGCCAACAUGGAGAACGGUGUUCUGACUGUGACUGUGCCUAAGGUUGAGACUCAGAAGAAACCCCAAGUUAAGUCUAUUGACAUCUCUGGCUAAAGCCAAUUUUAGCUUUUAUAUAUACUCUCUGUUUCAUACUCAUCAUGUGAGGGUUUCAUGGGUCUUGAGUCUUCUUUGUGUGGUGUGUGUGUGUGUGUGUCUUGAGUUUUCUUCUGAUUGUGGUUCUUCGUUUAAAAUAUGGGGCUCUCUGUGUGUUGUCUUGUGGUGAUGAUGUAUGUUAAUUAUCAAUUAAUAAUGCUAAUAAUUACUUAAGGCCAUU